AUGAACAAACAGAACGCUAAACUACAGCGCCGCAGGAGGAGAGAGGAGGAGGAGGAAGAGGAGAGGAGAGCCCAGGAGGAGGUGGAGAGGUUUUCAGAGGAGGAGAAACACAGAGGACUACAGGAGAGCAGAGAGCUGCUUUACCCUAGCCACAGGUAACCACCUCUACUACCAUAACCAAGCCCUAACAGUGUUCAGACUAAGCAACGUAUUACUGUGGUGUUCUGACAAUUUUGUGUCCUCCCUCCAUUGGUUUGUGGUUCUUACUGUCCUACUAUAACUCUGUCUCUUCUCCUACUUUUUGUCUUGGGCUUACUCUCUGUCUCUUCUAUACAGUUGUCCCCUUGGCCUACUCCUCUGUCUCUUCUAUAACAGUUGUCUUGGUCCUACUCUCUGUCUCUUCUAUAACAGUUGUCUUGGUCCUACUAUAACUCUGUCUCUUCUAUAACAGUUGUCUUGGUCCUACUCUCUGUCUCUUCUAUAACAGUUGUCUUGGUCCUACUCUCUGUCUCUUUAUAACAGUUGUCUUGGUCCUACUCUCUGUCUCUUCUAUAACAGUGUCUGGGCUACUCUCUGGCUCUUCAUAACAGUUGUCUUGGUCCUACUAUAACGCUGUCUCUUCUAUAAAUUGUCUUGGUCCUACUCUCUGUCUCUUCUAUAACAGAUUUCUUGUCCACUAUAACUCUGUCCCUCUAUAAACGUGUGUCUUGUCCUACUCUCUGUCUCUUCUAUAACAGUUGUCUUGGUCCUACUCUCUGUCUCUUCUAUAACAGUUGUCUUGGUCCUACUCUCUGUCUCUUCUAUAACAGUUGUCUUGGUCCUACUAUAACUCUGUCUCUUUAUAACAUUGUCCGUGGUCUACUCCUGUUCUCAUAACAUUUCUUGGGUCCUACUCUCUGUCUCUUCUAUAACAGUUGUCUUGGUCCUACUCUCUGUCUCUCUAUAACAUUGUCCGUGGGGGUCCCUACUCUCUGUCUCUUUCUUAACAGUUGGUCUUGGUUCUACUCUGUCUCUUCUAUAACAGUGUCUUUGAUCCGACUCUUCUCUUCUAUCACAGUUGUCUUGGUCCUACUCUCGUCCUUCAUAACAUUUGUCUGUUCCUACUCUGCUCUCUUCUAUAACAGUGUCUUGGUCGACUCUGUCGCUUCUUAACAGUUGGUCCUGGAUCCUACUCUUCUGUCUUUCUAUCACAGGUUGUCUUGGUCCUACUAUAACUCUUCUCUCUAUACAGUUUUCUUGGUCCUACAUAACUCUGUCCUCUUCUAUCAGUGUCUUGGUCCUACUCUGUCCUCUUCUAUUAACAGUUUGUCUUGGUCUACUCUCUGUCUCUUCUAUAACAGUUGCUUGGUCCUACUAUAAACUCUGUCUCUUACUAUAACAGUGUCUUGGUCCUACUCUGUCUCCUUCGGAUAACAUUUGUCUUGGUCCACUCUUUCUCUUCUAUAACGUUGUCUUGUUCACCUACUCUCUGUCUCUUCUAUAACAGUUGGUCUGGUCCUAUCUCUGUCUCCUCUAGAACGUUUGUCUUGGUCACCUGCUCUUCUAUAACAGUUGUCUUGGUCCUACCCUGUCUCUUCUAUAACGUGUCUGGUCCUCUCUCUUCUCUCUAUAACAGUUGUCUUGGUCGCUACGCUGUCUCUUCGAUAACAGUUUGUCCUUGUCCUACUCUCGUCUCUUCCUAUCUUGUCUUGUCCUUACUCUCUGUCUCUUCUAUAACGUUAUGUCUUGGUCCUACUCUCUGGUCUCUUAUAACAGUUGUCUUGGUCCUACUAUAACUCUGUCUCUUGUUAACUUUGUCUUGGUCCAUACUCUGUCCUCUUCUAUAACAUUUGUCUUGGUCCUACUCUCUGUCUCUUCUAUAACAGUUGUCUUUGGUCCUACUCUGUCUCUUCUAUAACAGUUGUCUUGGUCCUACUCUGUCUCUUCUAUAACAGUUGUCUUGGUCCUACUCUCUGUCUCUUCUAUAACUUUUCUUGGGCCUACUCUCUGUCUCUUCUAUAACAUUGUCCUGGUCUACUCUGUCUCCUUCUAUACAGUUGUCUUGGUCCUACUCUGUCUCUUCUAUAACAUUGUCUUGGUCUACUCUCUGUCUUCGUUCUAUAACAGUGUCUUGGUCCUACGCUGUCCUCUUCUAUAACAGUUGUCUUGUCUUUACACUUCUGGUCUCUUCUAUACCAGUUGUCUUGGUCCUCUCGCUGUCUCUUCUAUAACAUUGUCCUUGGUCCUACUAAACUCUUCUCUUCAUACAGUUUGUCUGGGUCCUACUCUACUCUGUCUCUUCUAUAACAGUUUGUCUUGUCUACUCUGUCUCUUCAUACGUUGUUUCUUGGUCCUCUCGCUGUCCCUUCUAAACAGAUUUGUCUUGGGCCUACUAGAACUCUGUCUCUUCUAUAACAGUGUCUUGGUCCUACGCUGUCUCUUCUAUAACAGUUGCUUGGUCCUACUCUGUCUCCUCUAUGACAGUUGUUCUUGCCUACUCUCUUCUCUUCUAAUAACAGUUGUCUUGGUCCUACUCUCUGUCUCUCUAUCAACAGUUGUCUUGUCUACUCUUUCUCUCUAUAAACGUUGUCCUUGGUCCCGACUCCUCUGUCGAUUCUAUAACAGUUGUCUUGGUCCCUACUCGCUGUCUCUUCUAUAACAUUGUCUUGGUCUACUCUGUCCUUCUAUAACAGUUGUCUUGGUCCUACCUGUCCUCUUCUUAACAGUUGUCCUUGGUCUACUCUGUCUCUCUUAACUGUGUUCUUGGUCCACUCUCUGUCUCUUCUAUAACAGUUGUCUUGGUCCUACUCCGGGGUCUUCUUCUAGAACAUUUGUCUUGGUCCUACUCUGUCGCUUCGAUAACAGUUGUCUUGGUCCUAACUUGCUCUUCUAUAACAGUGUCUUGGUCCUACCUGUCUCUUCUUACGUUGUCUUGUCUAACCUCUGUCUCUUCUAUAACAUUUGUCUUGGGCCCUACUCUCUGUCUCUUCUAUAACAGUUGUCUUGGUCCUACUCUGUCUCUUCUAUAACAGUUGUCUUGGUCCUACUCUGUCUCUUCUAUAACAGUUGUCUUGGUCCUACUCUCUGUCUCUUCUAUAACAGUUGUCUUGGUCCUACUCUGUCUCUUCUAUAACAGUUGUCUUGGUCCUACUCUGUCUCUUCUAUAACAGUUGUCUUGGUCCUACUCUCUGUCUCUUCUAGACAGUUGCUUGGUCUACUCUCUGUCCUCUUCUAUAACAGUUGUCUUGGUCACUCUCUGUCUCUUCUAUAACAUUUCUUUGGUCUACUCUCUGUCUCUUCGAUAACGUUGUCUUGUUCCUACUCUCUGUCUCUUCUAUACCGUUGGCUUGGUCCAUACUCGUCUCUUCUAUACAGUUGUCAUUGGUCCUACUCCUGUCUCUUCUAAACAGUUGUCUUGGUCCUACUAUACUCUGUCUCUCUAUAAACAGUUGUCUUAGGUUCCUAACUCUGUCUCUUCAUACCAGUUGUUCUUGGUCCUACUCUCUAGUCUCUUCUAUACUUUUUUCUUUGGUCCGCUACUCUCUGUCUCUUCUAUAACUUUUGUCUUGGCCUACUAUAACUCUGUCUCUUCUAUAACAUUGUCUUGGAUCCCUACUCUCUGUCUCUUCUAAUAACAUUUUGUCUGGUCCUACUCUCUGUCGCCUUCUAUAACGUUUGUCUUGGUCCAUAAUUAACUCUGUCCUCUUCUAGAACGUUGUCUUGGUCCUCUCGUCUCUCUAUAACAGUUGCUUGUCCUACUCUCUGUCUCUUCUAUAAGUUGUCUUGGUCUACGCUCUGGUCUCUUCGAUAACAUUGGUCUUGGUCCUACUAUAACUCGGUCUUUCUCUACAAUUGUCGUGGUCCCUACUCUGUCUCUUCUAUAACAGUGGGUCUGGGUCCUCAUCUCUGUCUCUUCUAUAACAGUUGUCUUGGUCUUACUCUCGUUCUCUUCUAUAACAGUUGUCUUGGUCCUACGCUCUGUCCUCUUCUAUAACAUUGUCCUGGUCCUACUCUCGGCUCUUCUAUAACAUUGUCUUGGGUCCUACUAUCACUCUGUCUCUUCUAUAACGUUUGUUUGGUCCUCACUCUCUGGCUCUUCUAUAAACAUAGCAUUGUCCUUGGUCCCAACUCUGCUGUCUCUCGAUAACAGUUGUCUUGGUCCUACUCUCUGUCAUCUUCUAUAACAGUUGUCUUUGGUCCUACUCUGGUCUCUUCUAUAACAUUUGUCUUGUCCUACUCUCUGUCUCUUCUAUACAGUUUGUCUUGGUCCUCUCUCUGUCUCUUCCUAUAACAGUUUCUUGGUCUACUCUCUGUCCUCUUCGUAACGUUGUCCUUGGUCCUACUCUCUGUCUCUUCUAUAACAGUUGUCUUGGUCCUACUCUAAGUAUAUGUUAGCCCUGGAGAGAGAGGAGGUGCUGCUGAGGAGACAGGCCCAGCUGGGAGUCACCUCCUUCUCCACUGGGACAGGUGUAGUCCGUCCAGUCCGCCUACGUGUCCUCUACCAGUACAGUGCAGUCGGGUCCUCUCAC